UCUGUGCAAAUUCCUCACCACAAUCCAGUGUUUUCUUGUGUAUAUUGUGAAGAAAAGUGGUGCAGUUGAUGAGAAUUGCAUCAAUUGUCAGUGGUGCAGUGUAACUGUCCCUCGGGAGUGAGUGACUCGCGUGAAAUUUGGGAAAAAUGGUGGGGCUUGUGGAGCAGAUGUCAACUUUCCCAAUUAAUUCACGAAUUAAAGUGAAUAGCGACUAUGGAACUGUGAAAUUUUUCGGUGAGAUCAAAGGCUACUCCGGACUGUGGGUGGGCGUUGAGUGGGACGACUCUCGUCGCGGGAAGCACAGCGGAUGUGUCAAUGAGAUCCAGUACUUUGAGACAACAUGCCCAAAUGCGGGCUCCAUGAUCCGCCCGGGGAAGAUUGCGCCCUUCGAUUCUCUGGCUGGGGCCAUAGAGAAGCGCUACGUGCUCAACAUCGGCAAUCCCCUGGAUGAGAACCUCAUGCGGGAGGCCAAGGAGUACGUGAAGGCGUCGAUCUUCGAGUUUGUGGGCGCGGAGAAGAUCAUGAAGAAGCAGAGCCACGUUGAGCAGCUGGAGGACAUCUCCGUUGCCUACAGCAACACCCAAACGGCUGGGAAUCUGAUGCCCUUCUUCAACCUGGUCUCGGUCAAUCUCACGGCGACUCUCAUCUGGAACUGGAGAAUUGUGGCGGACAUUGUCAGUCAAUUGCCGCGACUCUCUUACCUCAAUCUCUCGCAAAAUCGUCUCGUCUUGCCCUCGGAUUUGGACAUUUCUGACCUCGAGCCAUCAUUCCGUCAUCUGAAGGACAUCAAUUUGAGUGAUUGUGGCUUGAAUUCCUUCAGGGACAUCUUGCAUACCGCUCGACUAUUUCCUUGGAUUGAAUCUCUCUCACUUCAGAACAACAACAUCACCACCCUGGCCAUCCCGAACUGCGAUUUGGUCUUCAAGAACCUCCAAAAUCUGGACUUGCACAAGAACAAUUUGUCAUCAUUCGAGGAAAUCCUCAAGUUGGGCCACAUUCAGAGCCUCAAGGUGCUCCUCCUCAUGCAGAAUGGCUUGAGGAGGAUCCACUUGCCAGAUUGUGAGCCCACAGACUACCUGGACAUCUUUCGGAAUCUGCUGGAGAUCAACUUGAGAGACAAUCCCAUUGAGAAUGAGUCCGAAACGUUCAAUGAACUGGACAAAUUGCAGCAACUCUCUGUGCUCAAUCAGUCACCGGAUCCGAAGAGUGGCUUCGAGAACAUGUUCUCCAGGGCGGUGGGCUUGAUCAGCAACCUCAAGACACUCAACAAGAUCGAGGUGAAUCCAGGAAAUCGACGCGAUGCUGAGUACGACACGUGGAAACAGUAUGGAUGGGAAUAUUUGCAGACAAGUGGCAGUCCGACGGACAGGAAUAAGUUUAUGAGGAAAAUUCGUGCCUACGGAAGGAUUGUUGAAAAAUAUGGCUCUCCUGAGGAGUCUCUUGUGCGUCCAAUGGCUAAACAAUCAUCGGUAAUCAUAGUGAAUCUCCUGGAUCCGGAAGCAAAUCGGCUGGUGUCGAAGAAACUGCCCAAAAAGAUGUUGAUUCAGGCUCUGCAGGGACUCGUCCUGAAGCUAUUCAAGUCCGAUGCAGGAAAACUCCCGAUACUCAGCUAUGUGGAUGCGGAGAGACAAGAUGUGUGCAUGGUGUUGGACAACAUGUCCAAGUCCCUGGACUACUACUCAAUCCAGGACGGUGAUACAGUAAUUAUUCAGUGGUGAACACAAAUUUAUUUACAAAAUAAAAAGAGAGAGCACAUGA